GUUGUUCAUCACUAUCCUGCAUGAUUAUAAAGUGUACCCAAUGGAUAUCUUCUUCAAUUAUUGAGCUAAAAAAUGAGAAUGAACUAAUUUCAGAAAAAUGAGUCAGCCUGCUGCUGGCUGAGCUCAUGUGAAAAAUGGACAUCAUAUCAGGAUUUGUUGUUUAUGUAAACAGCUUCGAUAUUGACUACAUAUCUUGGGUUCUAUGGGUAUUGUACCCCAUACUUAUAACCUUUUUGCUUCCUGCCUUUAUUGUGCUCUUUCUUUAUCUUACAUCUCUUGCUCUAUUCAUUUACAAGCAGCGAAUGAAAUUGAAAGCAGCAUAUGAUCAUGACUUUUGGGAUGGUGCAAGGAAAACACUUGGUGUCUUCUGGUGGGCUCAGGCAAGAAUAUGGCAUGGUAAAAUACAACUUCAUCAUAGAUUCUUUAAAAGGGUCCAAAAAAAUGUUUGGGUGCAACAGGCGGAAGAGGGUGGGUUAUGAAAGUGUGAUUAUUUUUGCAUAUCAAACAAUACGUAAUAUAUGGAUAUUCUCAGAGGAGCUCACAAUUCCAAGUAAUGUGUUUUUUUAAAAUAAAAUGUAAAUAUUGUUAAAAAAAGUUUUUAUAUUUGCUGUGGUCAAUCCAAAUCAAUAUUAUUGUUGAUAAGAGUUUUCUAAUAUUCAAGUUUUUAAAUUUUUUUUUGACAGUGUGCGAUGCUAGCUUUAGAUUUUUUAAUUUCUUUCUUAAAAUGGAAAACUUAAAAAAAAAAAUAAAAGGUGAUACAAAUGUUAUAAAUCCUUUAAAAAAAAAUUUUUCUGUUUAUUUUCAACCAGGCUAUGAAGUUGAAGGUCUCCACCACAUACCAGAAACCGGCCCUGCUUUGAUUAUUUACUAUCAUGGUGUUUUACCUGUUGACCUCUACUAUGUUUUAACCACUGUCUUACUGGAGAAGAACAGACUUGUUCAUUUAGUUGGAGACAAAUUUCUGUUUUACAUGCCAGGUUUGAAAUUUAGUUCGAAAUACUUUUGAAUGAAUUUUUUAGAUCUCUGAGGGGCACAGAUGUGUAUUAUAAAAAAAAAAAGGGUGGUAAAUGUCCCUCAAAAUCUUCCAUCUCUGCGUGUGUUCGAAACAAAAAAAAUUAAAGUUUCUGAAGAAAAAAACCAAUGACAGAAUACUCAUUUACAGCUGACAUCUUAAUGCUAAAAAACUUACAUCAACAUGAAAAAAAAUUAAAAUAAUUUGAACUUAAUUAUAUUUAGGAACUUCUUAUUCCUGCCCAAGACAAUCAGGGACUGGAACAAGUUUUCAAAAGGAACAGUUGAGGCGACAACACUAGACACAUUUGCGUCUAUUGCCUCAAGCCUUCCAACCCCCAGUGCAUGAUUUCCUCACAAAGUAGCACUUGCAAUCAGUGAAAUAUCCUCAUCAACACCAAGCACAGAAACAUUGCAAAUCCCCUCUACAUGCAUAGGAGCCAAAAUGAUCAAUACAUUGAUCGUGGGCCCAUAAUAUAUAGAAGAGGAAGAAGAAAUAAAAAGACCUUUAAAAAUCUGUUAAAAAUAUGUAUAAAUAUUAAUAUUGAUUCAUGGCUGUUAACUCUAAAUAAGUGGGGCAAGUAUUUUAUCCUUUAUAAAGCAUGAUAAAAUAAUAAUCAACUUUACUUGGAUUUUAUAUAAAUAAAAAUAUAAUUAUUGAAAUUAAUAGAUAUGAACUUUAAUCAUUGAAUAAUAGAACUUUUCAAUUUAUUUCAAAGCCUGUGAAAAAAAAUAUGUUGUUUUUGCUCUAUUCACUUACUUUCCAUGCUCAUUAAACUUUAUUGAUAAAAAAUUAAUUGCCACCAGAUGCAUUUAACAAAGGCUUCUUUCAUUGAGUUUAUAGAAAAAAGUAUUUUGUGACUUAAGGAGUUGAUUUACUUUCUGCUGUUUUUUAGGUUGGCAGACAAUGAUGGAAGUUUUUAAUGUAGCACCUGGAACUGUUUCUAGUUGUGUGGAUGUAUUGACUAAUGGACAUUUGCUAUCUAUAGCACCAGGUGGGUAGUUAUUGUACUGGACAUUUGCUAUCUAUAGCACCAGGUGGGUAGUUAUUGUACUGGACAUUUGCUAUCUAUAGCACCAGGUGGGUAGUUAUUGUACUGGACAUUUGCUAUCUAAAGCACCAGGUGGGUAGUUAUUGUAUAAAGUCAAGUUUGGUAUGAAAAGUGUGAAAUCAUAAUAUUCUCAAAACAGAGAUAAGACUCAGAUUACAAGUCAUGUAUAUUUGACAAUGGCAAACUUAUCAUAAGUUUUAAAAUCACUAGAUAAUGACUAAUAUUCUAAUAUAAUUUUAUUCUCCAAACUUACAUUCCAAGGUGGAGUUAGAGAAGCGCUUUUUAGUGAUGAGAACUACAAAUUGCUGUGGAAUAAAAGAUGUGGAUUUGCAAAAGUUGCAUUACAAGCAAAUGUGGUAAUUGUUUUAUUUUGAAAAAAUCUAAUGAAACUUAUCAAUAGGUAUUUGCCUACAGCAACACAUCAAACACCUUAAUGAAAGCAAAGAUCCCAUUUCAAUAGAAUAAAGGUGUUUAACUUCCACACCUUAUUGGCUUCAAAAACUUCCUUAAAAAAUUAAUGGCUGUGGUUGAGUAAAAAGAUAUUUUACAUAUAAAACUAUCCAUAUUUACAUUUUAUUUAGAUCCCUCAGAAUAAUAUCUCAGAUGUUUACAUUUUUAAUUUCAGCCAAUCAUUCCAAUGUUUACUAAGAACAUCAGGGAAGCUUUCAGGACUCCUUAUUGGGCAAGAGGUUUGAUGAUAUUUAUAAUUUCUUUUAUGACUCCUUAUUGGGCUAGAGGUUUGAUGAUAUUUAUAAUUUCUUUCAUGACUCCUGAUUGAACAAGAGAUUUGAUGAUAUUUAUUAUUUCUUUUAUGACACCUUAUUGGGCUAGAGGUUUGAUGAUAUUUAUAAUUUCUUUCAUGACACCUUAUUUGGCUAGAGGUUUGAUGAUAUUGAUAAUUUAUUUCAAUAUGCCAAUAUUAACAGAAAAUAAUUUUAACAUUAAUCGAUGAGCUGUGAAUUAUGGUGAGAUAAUUUAUUUCAAUGAAAAAUUCUAUAUUCAUUGGACCAUUACACGAACUAUAACUUAAUAUACAUAUCAGAUAUGUUUUUGUGUUGCAUUAAUCCAACUUAUAGAAUUAAAGAAGAAUGAUUGUAAACAAUGUUUAUUUAUUUUUGUUUCCAAAUUUCAGCUUGGCUUAGGGGAUUAUAUGAAAAAACUAGGAUACCAUGUGUUCCAGCGUAUGGUUUUUUUCCUGUUAAGUUGAAGUAGGAUUUUAAUUUUUAUUAUAAUUUUAUUUUUUAAAAUUUAAGACUGCAUUACUAUUAUAUAUUGGCCAUGGUAUAAGUAUUUUCAGAUGAAAUGGCCAUGUUAGAAGUAAAUUAAUCAUUAGUGGGCCUUGUAAAAACAUUUCAUCAUCAGCUGACAAUGUUAGAAGUAAUUUAAUCAAUUAUCUAGUCCUGGAUAAAAUUUUAAUUAAUCAUUAAAUUAGUUCAUUAUUCUAUAUACGACUGGCAUUGUCAUUCAAAUGAUAAUAUAAUUAUUUUCGUGCUCCAGAACAAUUUUUGGUGAGCCUAUUUUACCUAAUCCUAACUUGACUGCAGAGGAGUUGGCAGAAAGGGUGAGUAACAUUAUACCUAUUUCUAAUUUAUUCUAUUAUUUAUAUAGGAUGAAAUUUUUUUUUUUUUUUUUUUUUUUUUUUUUAAAUGACCAGCUUUAAAACGAGGUUAAUCUUCCUUUAAGUGAAGAUGAUAUAUCCUGUAAGUGAAAGUGAUGAAAUUGUCUUAACUCUUUCAGUGCCAAGCCUCGAUAUAACGUCGAUUUGACUGGUCACGUUUGUGCCAACUCGCGAUAUAUCGUCGGAAUAAUUUACAUAGUUUAUUUCGUUGCCUGUGGCUAUCAAUCCGACUUUUUAUGCUCUUAAACCACGGAUAACUCUUCCUACUUCCUUCUUGUUAGAAGUUGGGCUUUUUUGCAUGGGUUUUUUUAAUAAUUGUGACCUUUUUUCUUGUUUUUGUGUUGAAACUUUUGUAAACAAAGCAUUGGCCACGCCUACACCAAGUAGAUCAGAUGUUACCAGACCACCUGGCUGUCAAGUGUGCAGGCUCAAGAGCUUUUAUUGCAAAUAAUCAAUGCUGAAACAUCAGACAAUAAUAAUGACUCGUUUGAAUUUGAUCAGGUGAUGAUUAUCAGCUUUCUGAUGCCGAUGAGUCGGUAGAUGGAAAUAGAGGAGGUGAUAACAAUAGUGGUGACUAUGAGGAUUCAGAUAAUAAUACUCCUGUUCCUUCAAAGAGAAGUCGGAGAUCAGGCAGAAAAGAUGCAGGAAGAAAAGGAUCAGGGAGAAAUAUAGCUGCUACUGUUAGCUAUGAUGGUGAUGCAGGUCAUCAGUCAAAUAAUAAUGGAUGGAGGAAGGCAAGAGAGGGUGCAGAGGUUGGUGCUUCAUUUCAUUUUAGGGAGGGUAACAGUGGGCCAUGUGUAAAUUUGCCAGAAAAUGCCACUUCAUAUGAUUUUUUAAAACAAAUUAUUACAGAUGAAAUUAUUGAUGAUUUAUUGACUUGAAUCAAUUCAUACAGUAAAUUAGUGAUGCAGAAAAAUGUCCACCUUUUAGAACACUCAUGUCUUCAUAAAUGGACAAUUGUAAAACACCCUGAUCUUUUGAAGUUCUUAGCUGUUCUGAUAAAUAUUGGAAUGGACCAAAGGCCUCAAAUCAGUGACUGGACCAAAGACCUCAAGUCAGUGACUGGACCAAAGGCCUCAAAUCAGUGACUGGACCAAAUGCCUCAAGUCAGUGACUGGAUCAAAGGCCCCACAUCAGUGACUGGACCAAAGGCCUCAAGUCAGUGACUGGACCAAAGGCCUCAAGUCAGUGACUGGACCAAAGGGCUCAAGUCAGUAACUGGACCAAAGGCCCCACAUCAGUGACUGGACCAAAGGCCUCAAGUCAGUGACUGGACCAAAGGCCCCACAUCAGUGACUGGACCAAAGGCCCCACAUCAGUGACUAUUGGUCCAAAAAUGCUAUAAACACACACCAUGGCAUGGACAUAUGUUUCAAGAAAUGAAUUUCAUCUGCUUUUCAACACAAUGAAUGCUGCAUGCUUCUGAACCUGAUGCGCAAGGAAGGAGCGGCUAAGAUUGAGCCCUUUGUGUCAAAGCUGCUGGAUUAAUGUAGGAAAUGUUUUUAUCCAUAUGAAAAUAUCAGCAUAGAUGAAAUGGUCAUUGGCUACAAGGGUCGCUUCAAACACAAGCAGUUCAAUGCUGCAAAGCCUGCAAAGUACCAUAUCAAAACAUUUGGGCUUUGUGACUCAACAACAGGUUACGUCAUCAAUCUGCCGAUUGUGACUCAACAACAGGUUAUGUCAUCAAUCUGCCGAUCUACUUGGGCAAGAAAACAGCAUAUAACCCUGACCUUGAUCCCAAUGCGGGACAAGCAAUAAAAGUGUUUGAUACCCUUAUGCAACCCCUGCAGAAGCCUCAUCACCACAUCUCUACAGACAGGUAAUACACCACAGCAGCUCUCAUACAGUAUCUGCAGACAAAAGGCUACAAUUAUACUUGCACUGUUCAAGCAGCAAGCCGAGAUUUUCCUCCUGAUUGGAAAACUCAAAGACUGGCACAUAAAGAGGCAGUAUGGCGUUCCAAUGAAGGAAAAAAAUGUUUUGGCUGUUUCAUGGAGGGACAAGAAAGCAACAAAAAAAAUGCUUAAUGGCGACAACAUGCGGCAAGGUGGGAUACAUUGAGAAAGUGGAGGGGCGUCAGACGGUUGUCAAACCUGAGGUCAUUGACAAGUAUAAUAUGUCGAUGAAUGGCUGUGAUUGUGUUGACCAGCAAGUAUCAUAUUAUGGUUGCCAGGGUCGCAAAAUAAUAAAGUUGUGGAAAAAGAUAUUUACUUGAGGUUAAGUGGCGCAAGUCAACAACCACAUUCUCUAUAGUUAGCCCUACUUAAUUUAAACCUACAUCAUGUUCUUUGGAUCCCAUCCCCACCCCCCUGUUGGUUGAGUCAUUAGAUAACGAUAACCGUAAUAAAUGAAAGCUUGUCUUCUGGCACUUUUCCCCCUCUUUGUAAAUCAGCUGUCAUCAAACCAUUGCUUAAGAAGCCCGGUCUGGAUGAAAAUAAUUUAAAAAACUAUCGGCCAGUAUCUAACUUAUCUUUUUUAUCUAAAGUAGGCCUAAUUGAUUCUAAAAAAACUUUUUGCUUACUUAAAUGACCACUCUCUUCUCAGUUCUAAUCAGUCGGCCUAUAGACAUUUCCACAGCACAGAGACAGCUCUCUUGAGAGUCAGUAAUGACCUCUUGCGUGCAAUGGACAGCGGUAAUGUCUCCAUCCUGAUCCUCUUAGACCUCAGUGCGGCCUUUAACACUGUUGACCAUGAAAUCCUUUUCAAAACCCUUGAAAAUUACUUUGGAAUUUCUGGUUCAGUUUUGGCUUGGUUUAGGUCAUACCUCUCUGAUAGAACGCAGGCGGUCUCUGUCGAUGGCUGUCUCUCAGGCAGUUCUGAUUUGGUGAACAGAGUGCCCCGGGUGUUCGUGUUAGGCCCGGUUCUGUUAACGAUGUAUACCAUGCCAGUGCUCCUCUUGCUUGGGAGGCAUGCUGUGGAGAGCCAGUCAUUUGCAGAUGACAUGCAGCUAUACAAGCAUACCCACCCCUCUCUUGUCGAUUCCGCUGUCCAGACUUUGCGGGGGUGCAUUGAUGAUGUCAAAUCAUGGAUGACACUCAGCAAGUUGAAGCUUAAGGAUGACAAAACGGAAGCACUCCUCAUUCACAAUCACAAAUCAUCCUCUACCUCAACUGUUCCCACCUCAUUUCAAGUAGGUGACUCCGACAUACAGUUUACACCCUCUGCUAGGAAUCUUGGUUAUAUUCUUUCUAACAACAUGUCUCUCAAUAAACAUAUCUCUCACAUUUGUCGUUCUGCAUACACCGCUAUCCGUCAGAUCAGUUCCAUACGCCACUACCUCACAGUUAGCGCUACAAAAACUCUAGUCUGUGCUCUUGUUCUCUCUUGUCUUGACUAUUGCAACUCUCUUCUGUCAUGUUCACCAAAACACUUCAUAGAAAAACUGUAGAAAGUUCAAAACACAGCCGCUAGACUACUUCUAAAGGCAGCCCUAGGCUGGGGUACCGCGCUAUAUAAGACCACUUAUUAUUAUUAUUAUUAGACCCAACCUGUAGAUAAAAAACCAGUUUCCUUCAUAGAGUUCAAUUAGCAGCUCAUUCAGCAGCUCAUUCAGCAGCUCAUUCAGCAGCUGGAAGGAGUUUCUAAAGCCCAGAACACAGACAGUGUAUAGGACGAUCGCCAACAGAUCUGACCAGGACCAGCUACAACAGGAUCUCAAUCUGUUAGCUGAGUGGGAGAUGAGCUGGGACAUGGAAUUUCACCCUGCCAAGUGCCAGACACUAUCAAUCUCUAGAAGUUGUACUCCUCUACACUACCAAUACAAACUGCACGGCCAUAUUCUUGAGCAAGUUUCCUCCGUAAAGUACCUGGGUGUUACCAUUCAAAGAGAGGUCCGCUGGGACGAGCAUAUUAACAAUGUAUGUAACCAAGCAAACCAAGCCUUGGGGUUCUUAAGGCGAAAUCUAAAGAUUGGCAACUCCUGUGUGAAAGAAAGAGCAUAUAAAGCCUUUAUCCGUCCGAUUUUAGAUUAUGCAUCUUCAGUCUGGGACCCAUUUACCCAGAAGAGCAUUGACAGGUUGGAGGCGGUCCAGCGACGAGCAGCACGCUUUGUCCUAAACCGCUACAGGAAUACCUCUAGUGUUGGCAGCAUGCUAGAAACACUAGGCUGGUCACCAUUGGAGAAACGACGACGACAAUCCAGGCUCUCCAUGAUGUACAAGAUAAAUAAUGGGCUGGUCCACUGUUCCAGUAUUAAACAGAAACUCGUCCCUCUCCCCCAUAGACAGCGACGAGGCCAUGACAGGCAAUUCAGGCUCAUACCAGCAAGAAGCCAGUAUAGGAGCUGCUCAUUCCUGCCCAAGACAAUCAGGGACUGGAACCAUCUUUCAAAAGGAACAGUUGAGGCGACAACACUAGACACAUUUGUGUCUAUUGCCUUAAGCCUUCAAACCCCUAGUGCAUAAUUUCCUCAUCACCACCAGUAACAGAAACAUUGCAAAUCCCAUCUACAUGCAUAGGAGCCAAAAUGAUCAAUAAAUUGAUCGUGGGCCCUUAAGAUAUAGAAGAAGAAGAAGAAGACACUAAUUGACCUAGUGCCCACCAAAUCAAAGCCAGGUAAAAAGUCCAUCAACAGUGCAGAGGAGCGUCUCAGUGAAAAAAAUCACCUGGUUGACUUUGACGGGCAUGAUCAACAGUGUUCUUGCUGUUCAGUGCACAAAAUAACCAAACGUAGCUGCAUGUGUGUGCAUUGGAUGCACAGGAAGGCCUUAUCUGUGUGUUAAGGAGUGCUUUACAAAGUACCACACAGAAAGAAAUUUGAACUAAAAUAAUACAUUGUACCGCGCUAUCAAAGACCACUAAUUAUUAUUAUUGUUAUUAAAUAACGUGUUUGACAUUAGUGUAUAUAUACGACAUAUGCAAAGAAACUGUUUCCUUUGGUUGACAUCAACGUUACAAAAAUGUGUACAAGUCUGUCAAUAAUUGGAUUAUUUUAAAAAUGUAAAAUGCAUCCUGAUCAAAAAUGGAUAUACUUUCUGAGGAUUGAAGCAGAAUAUGAUAUCGUUUACACAGACAAUAUAGUAGUCUGAUAAGUUCAGAUUUGUUGAACAUUUUUUUUAAAAAGAAAAAUUUUAUCUCAUAAUACUACCAAUAAAAUUAAAAAAAUUAUUUUAAUAUUGUUUUAUUUCUUACAUAUUAUUAUUAUAUUUCGAAUUUCCUUUAAUUUGAUAUAAAAUACAGUUAUCUUGCUAAGAAAAUGGUAUUCAAAAUUCAUUGACAAAUAAGAGGACCCUAAAAAAUUUCCAUUGGCCAAAAACUGGUCCGGCGCAAACAUAGAAAACGCCCUGGCAUCGAAAGAGUUAAAAUCCGGGAGGGCUAUGCAUGCAAAGCUAUGAUAACUUUCAAAAUUGUAUUAAUUGUCAGUUCAUAAGCUAUAACAUACAUUGUUACAUUUACUCUGUAAAUUGUCAGUUCAUAAGCUAUAACUUACAUUUUUAUAUUGACUCUUUACAUUUUCAUUUCAUUGCUAAGCUAUAACUGACAUUGUUACAUUGACUCUGGACGUAGUUUACUGACAUUGUUACAUUGACUCUGGAUGUAGUUUACUGACAUUGUUACAUUGACUCUGGACGUAUUUUAAUAAAGGCACUUUUAAAUUAAGAAGUUUCUUUUUUUUCUUUCAAGGUCAAAUCAGCAAUUGAAAACCUAAUCGAGAAGCAUCAGACAUGUCCAGGAAGUAUACUACGUGCUUUGCUAGAGCGAAUUCCUUUCUUACGAUGAAGGCUAUGUCUUACUUCAUUCUCAUUUAUUUCAUUGUAACGAUAAUAUAUAUGUUACUGCCAAUUUGGGAACUGGCCAGCCAAAUUGGAAAUUUAAUAAUGUAGCUGUAAAUUGACCGACCAAAUAUUAAUUUUCUUUAUUUUUGCGCUUUGGCUGGUCAGUUUACAAAAUGGCAUGAGGGGAUCUCAUGACAGCUGUAAGAUAAUCUUGCAUCAGCAUCUAAUUUUGGCCAGGGAUUUCCCGCCACUGCGCAAAGUAGCCUGCAAAACUAGAAUAUACACAGGCUAUUUCAAGUACAUCAGACCAUGGCCACACCUCUCAGCCAAAGUGUGAUAUUGCCGGUAUAAUGGGAACUGGCUGAACUUUCGGUUUUUGCUGUAAUGUAACAUAUAUAUAUAAAAAAUAUAUCUAUAAAAUAAGCCAGUGAUAAGGUAUUAACUAGUGUGAGUUCUCAGGGUGUUUAAACUUUCUGUUUCCAACAGUGAGCCUGAAAUUUUUUUAUUUUAUUUAUAAUAUAUGUUAAAACCAUGUGCCAUAAUGAAACAUGGCGAAUGUAUAAGUCUACUGAUCAAUAAGAAAUUACAUCUCUCUCUCUCUUAUCAUAGAAUAACAAAUGUUUCAUUUAUAAUGAAAGGUCUGCUAUUUAAAAAAAACUGCUUUGAUCUAUCACCUUAUGAAAUUGUCUUUGACUUUGAGUUAUAAAAAUGUAUAUUUUUGUCAAGUUUUAUGUCAAACAGUAUUUCCGUACAUUCCAAUUAAAAAAAAAAAAUUACUUUAUUUAUUUUAACAUGAAACCUCCCCCAAACCAGCCACCUUCUCAAACUCAGUUGAUUAUGGUAAAAAAAAAAUGACAUGUAAGAUUUAUUUAACUAAUUAGAUUUUUAAAACAAAAAUGGAAAAACAUCUCUUUGACAG